AUGGGUUUUCAAGUGGACCCAGGGGAUGGGUCACAGGCUUCUCGAGGUCUUGUCAUGGGGGCAACGAAACGGGCCUGUUUGAAUGGAGCCACGAAUAAUUGUUGGGCUGCAUUAUUUGGGGUUAAGUUGAUUGGAAAGUCCUCUUUUCCACCUAUUUCUAUUACUUGUGAUAAGGCUAGUGGAAAGGUUGCUUUGUCUAUCCCAGACCAGGUGAUUGAUCACAACGUCGAUGUUAUGGCACUCACCCUUGUUGGAAAGUUCACGAGACCUAGACACAACAUAGACUCAGUUAGGGUCUUUGUUAGUCAAAGGUGGAAGAUUAAAGGGCAAGUUGAGGUUUCAGCUCUCCCUCAAAGUUUUUUCUCCUUUGCAUUCUCAUGUGUUGAGGAUAUCAUGACUAUUCUUUGUGUUUGUCCAUGGAUUAUGGGGAGAUCCUCCUUAACCCUUAAGAAGUGGAGUCUGAAUAUGGAUAUGUUUGAUGCCUUUUUUGAAACCAUUCUUGUAUGGGUUAAGCUGUCAGGGCUUCCGUUGGAAUACUGGCAUGAAGAUAUUUUUAAGGGCAUUGUUGGAGUGUUUGGUGAACUUCUAUCGAUUGACCCUAUGACGAUGGCUACGAAAAGAAUGGUCUAUUCUAGGAUUUGUGUGGGGGUUUCUAGAUCUAAGGAUAUUCCUUCGUCAGUUGAGCUGGUGUCAAAGUUGGGAAUGCUAGUUCAAACUAUUGAGUUUGAAUCAUUACCUUUUAUUUUCUUCUUGUGUAAAAAGGCAGGCCAUUGGGCAAAGAAAUGUCCUCAGAACCCUAAGAUGGAUUCUAAUAAAGGAACUAAUGUCUGGAAACCCAAAAUUGUGGAAGAUGAUACCCAGAUUAAGAUUGGUGGUUUUGUGCACCAGAAAGGGCUUGAUGGAAGCCACGAAACCAAUAACAUGGCCAAAAUGAUGAGGUGA